GGGCUAUUUACGUGACGUAGAAAAUAGUGGACAUGACGCCGCAAACCAACAACAACAAAAAUGGAGGCACGCUACUUUACCUCAGGUGACUGUAACGGUACUGUCGCCUAGCCUGUCUAGCGGUCAGCUAGCUAUUCCAGCGCCGCCGCUCAACCGGCCCAGCCAUGAGCUCGCUAAGCUACUUCACCCCGGCCCGAGAGGAAGAGCUGCUGUGGUCGGGGAACGCAGGCGCAGCCACCGGACCUCAACCCAGCACCCUCGGAGGAGAGGAGGCACGGCGCUUCUAUCAAAGCGUCAUAGAAGAGGGAGGUGCAGGAGAGAGACGAGGAAUGGAGCAGAGGGGGAGAGAGAACCGCAGGGGGAGAGAGGGGAGGGGAAGAGCAGGGCAGCACGUCCAGGCUAGCAGGCAGCAGGCUAGCACCACCAGUACUACCACGGAGCUGGAGGGGCUGAGACUGCUGCGUUGUGCCCAGGAAGGUGACCUGUCUGGGGUGAGAGGCCUGCUGUCCCGGGGGGUGGAUGUCAACUUCCAGGACAGCUGGUGGUGGACAGGUGUGAUGUGUGCAGCGGCGGCAGGGCAGCGGGGUGUCGUUAGGCUCCUCCUCCGGCAGGGGGCGGCGUGGGUGGGCGUGGUCGACACGCAGGGCCGGGACGCCAGGGAGCUGGCGCGGAUGGCGGGGCAUAGCGGGGUCCUAGAGGAACUGGACCACUACGGGUCUCCGCAGGACUGUGACCAUGAGACGGGUGACCGGCAUGGGAGACAGAGGGGGCAACACAACCAUUACAGGAGAGAGACGCAGGACCAUCAGGACCACAGUUCUCCCCCAGCGGUAGCAGCAGUCCAGACCCAUCAGAACCAGUCCACCCAGAAUCAGACCCAAUGGUGUCCAGUCUGCAGUGUCCACUACUCCUCUCCUCCAGAGACGCACCUCUCCUCCACUCUCCACCUGUUCUCUCUCUCCCGCCCUGCCCCCCCUCCCCACUACUGCCUCCCCCCCUCCACCCCCGCCUACCAGAUGAUGCUGCGCUCCGGAUGGACCCCUGGGGGGGGGCUGGGGCCCGAGGGGGAGGGUCACAAACAGCCGGUCCGGACCGUCCUGAAGAGGGACAGUAGAGGCCUGGGGUAUGGACCCACACCCCGACCCAAGGUCACACACUUCCAACCUAAAGACCCGCAGGCAGUCAGACGGACGGGGAAGGAGGGUCGGGGGGAGAGGGGGAGGAGGGGGAUGAAGGAGGAGAGCAGGAGGGAGGAGAAGGACAGGAACUGGGAGAGGGACUUCCGCUCUUCCUUUAACACCUUUGACCCCUGACCUCUAAACGCUGACCCAGGGACACCUGUUGUAGUCAGUUUCUCUCUAGUGUACACUCUGCUCUCUGUAGUGUACACUCUGCGCUCUCUCUCUCUCUCUCUCUCUCUCUCUCUGUCUCUGUAGUGUACACUCUGCUCUCUCGCUCUCUCUGUAGUGUACACUCUGCUCUCUCUCUCUCUCUCUCUCUCUCUCUCUCUCUCUCUCUCUCUCUCUCUCUCUCUCUCUGUCUCUCUGUAGUGUACACUCUGCGCUCUCUCUCUCUCUCUCUCUCUCUCUGUAGUGUACACUCUGCUCUCUCUCUCUCUCUCUCUCUCUCUCUCUCUGUAGUGUACACUCUGCUCUCUCUCUCUCUCUCUCUCUCUCUCUCUCUCUCUCUCUGUAGUGUACACUCUGCUCUCUCUCUCUCUCUCUCUCUCUCUCUGUAGUGUACACUCUGCUCUCUCUCUCUCUCUCUCUCUCUCUCUCUCUCUCUCUCUGUAGUGUACACUCUGCUCUCUCUCUCUCUCUCUCUCUCUCUCUGUAGUGUACACUCUGCUCUCUCUCUCUCUCUGUAGUGUACACUCUGCUCUCUCUCUCUCUCUGUAGUGUACACUCUCUCUCUCUGUCUCUCUCUCUCUCUGUAGUGUACAUUCUGCUCUCUCUCUCUCUCUCUCUCUGUAGUGUACACUCUGCUCUCUCUCUCUCUCUCUCUCUCUGUAGUGUACACUCUGCUCUCUCUCUCUCUCUCUCUCUCUCUCUGUAGUGUACACUCUGCUCUCUCUCUCUCUCUCUCUCUGUAGUGUACACUCUGCUCUCUCUCUCUCUCUCUCUGUAGUGUACACUCUGCUCUCUCUCUCUCUGUAGUGUACACUCUGCUCUCUCUCUCUCUCUCUCUCUCUCUCUCUCUCUCUGUAGUGUACACUGCUCUCUCUCUCUCUCUCUUUCUCUGUAGUGUACACUCUGCUCUCUCUCUCUCUCUCUCUGUAGUGUACACUCUGCUCUCUCUCUCUCUGUAGUGUACACUCUGCUCUCUCUCUCUCUCUCUCUCUCUCUCUCUCUCUCUCUCUCUCUCUCUGUAGUGUACACUGCUCUCUCUCUCUCUCUCUCUCUGUAGUGUACACUCUGCUCUCUCUCUCUCUCUCUCUCUCUCUCUCUCUCUCUCUCUCUCUCUCUCUGUAGUGUACACUCUGCUCUCUCUCUCUCUCUCUCUGUAGUGUACACUCUGCUCUCUCUCUCUCUCUCUCUGUAGUGUACACUCUGCUCUCUCUCGCUCUCUGUAGUGUACACUCUGCUCUCUCUCUCUCUCUGUAGUGUACACUCUGCUCUCUCUGUAGUGUACACUCUGUGCGCUCUCGCUCGCACUCAAAGGGUCUGAAUACUUCUGUAAAUAAGGUAUUUCAGUUUUUUAUUUGUAAUAAAUUUGCAAGCAUUUCUGAAAACCAGUUUUUGCUCUGUCAUUAUGGGGUAUUUUCUCCGCCCUACCUGUUUCUCCACAGGGCCAAGGGCCCAUUUAUGGCUUGAUAAUGAAGUGUUACUCUACUGAGGAUCUCCACCGGGGCUUGAUAAUGAAGUGUUACUCUACUGGGGGCUUGAUAAUGAAGUGUUACUCUACUGAGGAGAAACACUGGGGCUUGAUAAUGAAGUGUUACUCUACUGAGGAUCUCCACCGGGGCUUGAUAAUGAAGUGUUACUCUACUGGGGGCUUGAUAAUGAAGAGUUACUCUACUGAGGAUCUCCACCGGGGCUUGAUAAUGAAGUGUUACUCUACUGGGGGCUUGAUAAUGAAGUGUUACUCUACUGAGCAGUUACACUGGGGCUUGAUAAUGAAGUGUUACUCUACUGAGGAGUUACACUGGGGCUUGAUAAUGAAGUGUUACUCUACUGAGGAGUUACACUGGGGCUUGAUAAUGAAGUGUUACUCUACUGAGGAGUUACAUUGGGGCUUGAUAAUGAAGUGUUACUUCAUUAUCAAGAGACAGGACGGACAGCUGAUCGUCCUCGCAGUGGCAGACCACAUGUAACAACACCUGCACAGGAUCGGUACAUCCGAACAUCACACCUGCGGGACAGGUACAGGACAGGACAACAACUGCCAGAGUUACACCAGGAACGCACAAUCCCUCUAUCAGUGCUCAGACUGUCCGCAAUAGGCUGAGAGAGGCUGGACUGAGGGCUUGUAGGCCUGUUGUAAGGAAGGUCCUCACCAGACAUCACCAGACAGGACUGGCAAAAAGUGCUCUUCACUGACGAGUUGUGCUUUUGUCUCACCCAGGGGUGGUGGUCGGAUUCACAUUUAUCCUCGAAGGAAUGAGCGUUAAACCGAGGCCUGUACUCUGGAGCGGGAUCAAUUAGGAGGUGGAGGGUUCAUCAUGGUCUGGAGCGGUGUGUCACAGCAUCAUCGGACUGACCUUGCUGUCAUUGCAGGCAAUCUCAACGCUGUGCGUUACAGGGAAGACAUCCUCCUCCCUCAUGUGGUACCCUUCAUGCAGGGUCAUCCUGACAUGACCCUCCAGCAUGACGAUGCCACCAGCCAUACUGCUCGUUGUGUGUGAUUUCCUGCAAGACAGGAAUGUCAGUGUUCUGCCAUGGCCAGCGAAGAGCCCGGAUCUCAAUAAUCUCAUCGAGCACGUCUGGGACCUGUUGGAUCGGAGGGUGAGGGCUAGGGCCAAUCCCCCCCUAGAAAUUUCCGGGAACUUGCUGGUGCCUUGGUGGAAGAGUGGGGUAACAUCUCACAACUAGAACUGGCAAAUCUGGUGCAGUCCAUGAGGAGGCGAUGCACUGCAGUACUUAAUGUAGCUGGUGGCCACAGCAGAUACUGACUGUUACUUUUGAUUUUGACUCCUUCUUUGUUCAGGGACACAUUAUUCAAUUUCUGUUAGUCACAUGUCUGUGGAAUUUGUUCAGUUUAUGUUUCAGUUGUUGAAUCUUACGUUCAUACAAAUAUUUCAAGUUUGCUGAAAAUAAAACGCAGUUGACAGUGA